CGGACUCUGGAAUCCAACAGAACUGGAACGCACCGUAUUCCCGUUCCUUCGCUGUCAGAUGAACAAUCUGGAGCCAGCAAAGAGGGAUAACGAUAAAGAGGUUGUGGUGGAGAAAGACGAGUCCAACAUGGCCACUUCCGCCGCCAUGGAUGGCGUCGCCGCCGCAGCGCUCCGCUCGGUCCUCCACCGCGUCAACCAGGCCGCCGAGUGCUCCGGCCGCGGGUCCCAAACGAUCCGAGUCGUGGCUGUGAGCAAAACCAAGCCCGUCUCUCUCAUCAGCCAGGUCUACGACGCCGGCCACCGCUGCUUCGGCGAGAAUUACGUCCAGGAGAUCGUCGAAAAAGCCCCUCAGCUUCCGGAGGAUAUCGAGUGGCACUUCAUCGGAAAUUUGCAGAGCAAUAAGGUCAAAAUGCUUCUAACCGGUGUACCGAACCUUGCGAUGGUAGAGAGUGUGGAUGACGAGAAGAUUGCAAAUCAACUUAAUCGCUUUGUUGGAAGCAUGGGGAGAAAGCCUUUGAAGGUCCUGGUCCAAGUUAAUACCAGUGGGGAAGAGUCAAAAUCUGGUGUUGAGCCGUCUGAAUGUGUGGAGCUUGCAAAGCAUGUUAGUUUGGGAUGUCCAAAUCUCGAGUUUUGUGGGCUAAUGACAAUUGGCAUGCUGGACUACACAUCAACCCCAGAAAAUUUCAAGACACUAGCAAACUGCAGAAGCGAGGUCUGUAAGGCACUCGGAAUAGCUGAAGAGCAGUGUGAGCUAUCAAUGGGCAUGUCUGGAGACUUUGAGCUUGCUAUUGAAAUGGGCAGCACUAACGUGAGAAUUGGAUCUACAAUAUUUGGGCCAAGGGAAUAUCCGAAGAAACAAUCAUAGACUCAUAGUGGCAGUUUAAGGGUGAUGAAGUCAGGGUGUAAUUCAAACUUUAUUCGAUAUGAUGGUGAAAUUGUGAGUUGAUUUUCUUUUAUUACUUCAACCGACGAAAUCAACUUGAAUAAAUAUUUUUCUAUAACCAUAGGUCAAAUGUAUUGUAAACUAGAGAGAGGUUACUCGACAUGAUAGUCUCGGAUCAAAUAUAUUACAAUUAUAUUGCCC